UUUAAUAUUGAAUGUUAUCGAUUAAAAAUCAGCUGCAAUAAUGACAAAAUGAAAGACGGACGUACUGGUGAUGAUCACUGUAAUCCUGAUAUUACUCAAUACUCUAUAGGAUGUGAUGAUUCAACUGAUAUUUUAAAAUGUAAAUGUGAUUCUCCCUAUACAUGGAAUUAUGAUAAAGAAAUUUGUGAUUACAAAAUAAGCUGCAAAACAGAUUUAAUGAAAGACGGCAAAACAGGUGACGAACACUGUAAGCCUGAAUAUACUAAAUAUUCCAUAGGAUGUGAUGAUUCAACCGGUGUUUUAUUGUGCAAAUGUGUUUCACCCUAUAGUUGGGACUAUGAAAAAGAAAUUUGCAGUUAUAAAAUAAGCUGUAAGACUAAUAAAAUGAAAGACGGCAAAACAGGUGACGAACACUGUAGGCCUGAAAUCACCAAAUAUUCCAAAGGAUGUGAUGAUUCAACCGGUGUUUUGAAAUGCAAAUGUGAUUCACCCUAUAUUUGGGAUUAUGAUAAAGAAAUAUGUGCUAUUUCUCAUCAAUUGAGUUGUGAUAAGGAUUUAAUAAAAACAGUAAUUGGUAAAAAAUAUUGUAAUUCAGACAAAUAUAUUAAACAUUUUACCGGUCAAUGUUUGGUUAAUACCGAUACAAAUCAAUUGGAAUGUAAAUGUGUUAAAGGAUUUGAUUGGAACAAACAAUUAUCAACUUGUGAUUAUCAUCAAUUGAAUUGCAAGAGAGACUUAAUAAAAGAAGUAAUCGGUGAUACAUAUUGUAAUACAGAUAAAUAUAAUAAACAUUUUACUGGUGAAUGUGUUGUCAGUGACGAUAAAAAAGAAUUGGAAUGCAAAUGUGAUACAGGAUUUGAAUGGAAUAAAGCAAUAUCAGGAUGUGAAGUACAUGAAUGGGAUUGUAAAAAAGAUUUAAUAAAAACAAUAAUUGGUGUUGAAUAUUGUAAAAAAGACAAAGAAACUAAACAUUUUACUGGUGAAUGUGUUGUCAGUAAAGAUAAAAUACAUUUGGAAUGCAAAUGUGAUCGUCUAUUUGAAUGGAAUAAAGAAACAUUAGCAUGUGAUAAACCAAAAUAAAAAUGAACU